CGGUAGCCGAAGAACAGCCUAGCGCCCCGGCCUCGUUGUCGCCACACUGCGGCGGUGUGGAGUCUGGGCCUCAUUGCACUAAUAUCGUUUCGUCGUCCAAAAUUAAAGGUCAGAACCACAGGUACCUCCCUCUCAUCAUUGGCCUUCCAGUGAGUUUCGACUCCUCAAAUCUGCAGCCUGAUCUUCAAGUUUGCCAUCAAGUUGGUACCGACGCCUGCGAAGAUGGCAAAGGGUCGCUCGACAUCGAAGAACGUGAUCAUCAUUGGCCAAUCUGGGGUGGGGAAAAGCUCGCUCAUCAACAUGCUUUGCCCCGAGGCCUGCGCCACUACCUCGAAUGAUACAAUGGGUUGCACAAAGAAAGAACAAGAGUACACAUGCAACCUUGGGGCACAGCAGUGCACAAUACACGAUACAAUUGGUCUCGAAGAAGGGCGUUGGGGUUUCCUUCCAGAUAGGGAAGCGCAGAAGCGGCUCAAGGCAUACUUGAAGACGAAAGAACCACACCUUCUGGUAUACUGCAUGCCAGGAAUUAGAGGCAGCCUGAAAAAAUCACAGGGACGCAACUACAAGAAGUUCAAGUCGGCUGUGGGCAACGUGCCCAUCGUAGUGGUUGUCACCAAUUUGGAGGGUUUCGAAGCUCCUUUGGGGAACUGGUGGUCGGAGAACAGGAAUGAACUCCAAAAACUUGAAGUAAAAGAUCUCUCUAUGAUACUUCCCGUGAGGCUGUCAAGGCCCUCAUCAGGGAAAAUAUUCGCCGAUAGAUUCAUCACGAUAUCGUGCAGUCUGACUUGAACGUUUGAACCACCGUGUUCGCGUGUAGCAACUGAUAUCGAUGUCCGGUGACUACGACUUCCAUUCCAACUUCAUCCAUGAUAUAUGCCUACAGAUAUUUCGCAGUUUCACUUACUACGUUAACAUA